AUGUCUGCGCGGUUCGUGAACAUUCAAAUGAGGCCUGUGGCGAACUCCAUCUGGAAAGAUCUGUACGCCCACAAGUGGCCCGCUUUCCACGACUGCCUCAACUACCAGGGCCUCCAGGACUGGUGCCACCUGUACCGGGAGACCCUGAACGGCCGCCUGGAGUGCACCCUGGAGGUCUUCGACAGGGAGAAGAAGCUGGGGUUCGCCAUGGCCGCGAUGCCCGCCCGACUGCAGUACGAGGCGCGGAGCUACGCCUACGUGGCAAGGUACCUCAGCGCUUGCGAGGUCCCGCCCGAGAAGAUCCCGGCCUGCGAGAGGCACAGGCUCCGCUUCUGCCCGGAGUCCGCGCGCGGCCAGCUGCUCGGCGGGCACCCGCACGCCUCGCAGGACGGCGACGCCAAGGUCGACGCCCCGUGCGACAAGGCCGCCGCCGACCCCGGCAUGAAUUUCUACCCCUACCGCGUACUGCAGGGCAUCGAGGGCCUCGAGGUUGGAACUGGCGUGGAGCUGCAGUGGAGGACGAUGCAGGAGGGCAGCCCCUUUGGCUGGUGGUACGGUCAGCUGGACGCCCUCACCAGGGUCGGCGACGGGCUGGCCCGGGCGACCAUCACGUUCCGCCACUUCCCGGCCAGCUCCAGGUGGUACAGGCUGGAGGUGGUCUUCGGGGACUCCAAGAUGCGGGAGUGUUCUUUCGGCGGGUACACGGGCGGCAUCUUAGAGGAAGGAAAAAUUGCAGAAACAUAA